AUGUACUCCCUAGUGAAAACUGCGAUAUUGCACAAUGAGAGGCACGAGUCUCUACAACGCGUGGCAAAAGCAAAAACUGCCAUCCACAUUGGUCUAUGUGCUUUGCUCUGUGAAGUGACAGAUGAUUCCUCAGCGACCAUUGAGUUUACCUGGUACAAUGAUCUUGUGCAUGAUUACCACAUCAAACUGGUGGGAUGGAAUCACCCCCAAUGGGCCAACCCAUCAGACUUAAAGGGGGGGAUUGAAAGCCUCGAGAAAGUCACCAGCGCUAUUGCAGAAGGCACUUGUAAGUUCGUGUCGAUCACAUGUGAAGAAGUGGAAGAGUGGAUGAACUGUAUCAAGAAUGGGGAAAAGCUCACUCCUGAGCUCGAGCCUCCCAUGCCACCUGACACUCUUCCUUCAUUAUCACCCCCCACAACUGCUACACCUUCUUCACCUUCUCCGCUCGAGGAUGAGAAUGAUUCUGGGCCUCCUUUUCUUGAGAAUGAGAAUGAUUCUGGGCCAUCUCCUUUUGAGGAUGACAACAAUCCCCUUCCCAUUGAAUCUACUCGCAUCUCCUCAGUAACAGAUGACUUGGUGGAUCCUGCACUUCGUGUGCUUUCCAGUCAGCCUCAACCUCGUGCUACAGCCUCACCUCCUCCAGCUAAUGAAGAUGCUCUGGUCUUGACGAUGAAUCACAAUCGCAAGCACCCUGUUGACGACAUGACACCAUCCGAGGGACAAUGCCCAAAGUGUGCCCACAAGCUCACUGAAAAGGCACAACAGCUGGACUCUGACUCAUGUGAGACCAACAAAGUACAGCAGUGGAAAGCAAAAGGUGGACAGCGCACAAAAAAAAGCAAGGCCAUCAUUGAUUCAGACUGA